UUUGCCCAUGCAUAAUUAGCCAGAGCUUUUGCUUAUCAUCACCGCCAUCAUCACCACCAUUGCCAUCGCCAUCAUCGUCGCCGCCGUCAAGCUUAGCUAGGGUGAGGGAGAGAUGUCACAGAAGAUAGCGGCUGAGGACUGUCCGAAGGUGUGGUCAGGUCCGACCACCGAGCAGCCGCCGCCGGCGGUGGUGGUGAGGGAGUACGAGGAAGAGAGAGACAAGGCGGGGGUGGAGAGGAUGGAGAUGCUGUGCGAAGUCACGGGACAGAGGUCAGGGCCAGAUAACAAGAAGAAGAAGAAGAGGAAGAAGAACAAGAAGAAGGCGAUUCUGGUGACCGACCUCUUGGGCGACCCCCUCUGUCGCGUCCGCAGCUUCCCGUCCCACGUCAUGCUGGUUGCGGAGUGGGGAGAGGGCGGAGAAAUAGUUGGGGUGAUCAGAGGGUGCAUCAAAAGAGUGAAAAUCAGAGGCAACGGCAAUAACACAACAUCGUCAUCGUCAGAUUAUGUGACGGCCGCUAACGUUCUAGGGCUCAGGGUUUCUCCUUCUCACAGGAGGCACGGCAUUGCCACGAGGCUGAUCCAAGCAAUAGAGAUCUGGUGCAAGCAGCACGGUGCGGAUUACGCCUACAUGGCCACGGACGCCACCAACUCCCCCUCCCUCAAGCUCUUCACCACCAAAUGCGACUUCAUCAAGUUCCGCACGCCGACCCUGCGGAUGCGACCCGUCCAUGCUCACCGCAAGCCAUUGGGCUCAGACGUCUCAAUCAUCCGGAUGACCCCGAGGCUCGCUGAGUCGAUGUACCGGCGCGUCCUCGCCGGCUCCGACUUCUUCCCCGAGGAUAUGGACGAGAUUGUUGCGCACCCCCUCAACCUGGGCACCUUCGUGGCGGUCCCAAAGGAGUCGGCCCGCACGUGGGACCCGGAAUCGGGGACACUGCCGCCGUCGAGUUUCGCUGUCAUGAGCGUGUGGAACACCAAGGGAGUGUACAACUUCCGAGUGAAGGGUGCUUCGGGGCUCAUGCAAGCGUGUUGCGCCGGGAGCCGAAUGCUGGAUUCGUGCAUGCCGUGGCUGAGGAUACCGUCGUUCCCGGACGUGUUCAAGCAGUUCGGGUUCUACUUUCUGUACGGCCUGUACAUGACGGGAGAACGCGGGCCGAGCCUGAUGAAGUCGCUCUGCGAUCUCGCGCACAACAUGGCGAGGGAUGAUGCCGGGUGCGGCGCUGUGGUCGCCGAGGUGGGGCAAGAAGACCCCAUCAAGGCGGCGAUCCCUCACUGGAAGAGAUUUGCGUGGUCGGAAGACGUGUGGUGCAUCAAAAAUCUUCAGGAGGAACUCGUCCACAAGCGUGGGGACUUGGAUUGGGUUCACAUGUCCAAGGGUCGAUCCCCAGUACUCUUCGUCGACCCUCGAGACGUUUGACUUUCUCUCUGUUUCGUUCUUUCUUCUUCCUGAAUUUUCUCUCGACGAGAAAGCUUUCUUGUAUGAUAGUUAUCGGCAGCCAAUGUGGUGGACGAAGCCAAUCCCAGUUUUACAUGUAAUGUCGCGUAAGAUAUUCUAUAAAUCGUACGUUUUUUC